UAUUCCUUUUAUGGGAGGGAUUUCCGGGUUAUCUUCCAACAUAGAGACGAGUAAUCUGGAAAACAAACUAGACACGACUAAUCUAGGACUAGAGUCUAGAUUAGAUCUAAAUCUAGAACUAAAAUCUAGAUAGAUAAAUAAGGCAUAGUUACAAUUCUACCAGAUUUCUACAGAUAACUGUUCAACAAGUAAAUUAAUGGCUUAUCAGAACAGAGACUAUAGCCCAAUGGGCAUGCAGAAAGUACCUCCGGGAACUGCUCCUAAGCCAUACGUUCAAGGGCCUCAAAUGUAUAGGGCUGUAGGAGGGACAGUGUAUCACUCUGUUAAUGUAGAGCGCUACCCAGAAGAGCCAGGAGGUUUCCCCCCUCCCCCACCACUGGAGACUGCCCACAAGUAUGGCUAUGGACAAGAAGAAGACUUUCCUCCACCGCCGCCACCAGCCCCACCUCAGGCCUAUGUUGAUGAUGACAGUCAUACCUACUCCAAUGUUUACAGCGGUGAGGCUAGGUUUAUGAGGACUGAGGACUACAGGCCACCUGACUACAAUUCAGUGGUGCCAGGACCUGUAAAAAAUAAAACUGCCCCCAAAGUAUCCACAUAUUCCAAUUAUCCCCAAGAGUCCAACUAUGCCAACAUUCAAAUUAACAUUGCACCACCAACUCCUACAAACAAAGAUUUUGGCUAUGCUGAUAAUAAAUUUGAACAAAUCGGACAAAGAAACUCAAGCUCAGCUGAGAGCUAUCGUGUUGGUGGUGGCCAAGUUUCAAAAUCCUACGAAAGAGAAAGAGCAGUCCCAGGACCUAUGGUCCCUACAGGUUAUCAGAUGGCCAGUCCAGGCCCGGGUCCUGCUACCACUAAACAGAGCAAACUAGAGAAGGAAGCUGAAGUUGACGCUCUAACUGAUCUUUUGAUGAAAAACAUGACCUCUGUUACUGAGGACAAAGACUACUGGGGAAUGUGUGGACGUUGUGGGAACUCAGUAUCUGGAAGUGUCAAUGCUUGCUCAGCCCUGGACAAUGUGUUUCACAUUGGUUGCUUCACAUGUGUGGGAUGCAAUGCUGCAUUACAAGGGAAAUCAUUUUUUGCCAUGGAGACAAAACCAUACUGCGAGGCUUGCUAUAUUAACUCAUUGGAAAGAUGUUCUGUUUGUUCUAAGCCUAUUACAGACAGAUUGUUGCGGGCAACUGGCAAACCUUACCACCCUGAUUGCUUCACCUGUGUGGUAUGUGGGAAGUCUCUGGAUGGAAUACCUUUUACAGUGGAUGCCACCAAUCAGAUCCAUUGCAUUGAGGAUUUUCAUAAGAAGUUUGCCCCACGUUGCUGUGUCUGUCAACGACCUAUCAUGCCCCAGGCUGGCCAAGAUGAAACUGUCCGUAUCGUGGCAAUGGAUAAAUCAUUCCACGUGGAUUGUUACCGCUGUGAGGACUGUAACUGCCAGUUGAGCUCAGAAGCUGAAGGUCGUGGUUGCUACCCAUUGGACGAUCACAUUCUGUGCAAGAACUGCAAUGCUAAGAGAAUCCAAGCUUUAACAACCAAAAUGUCAACUGAACUGUAGAUUUCUUGUGCUGUUUUAUGAUAAUACACACACUAAGAAAGAUCUAGGAAUACUAUUGCAUUUACAAGUUUAAAACUAUGUUGAAACAAUUUUACUAUUGUAGUACUAAAAAAAAUGCUUUGUUCUGCACAAUGUUAUUUUAAGCAAAUUAUUGUACUUUUUUUUUUAUAUAGAAAAUUAUAUCAAACUAUAUAGAAUUGAACACUAUAUGUUCUAUGUACUUUUAUUACACAUAGGACUUGAAGUUUAUCAAGUAAUUAUUAGAUCUAGAAGGAAAGAGACUUUAAUUUUGAAACAUUUUAACCGCUCAUUUUUUUAACUCAAUUUCAUUAUCAAUAUUGUAUAUCUAACAUUGAGAAACAUUGCUACAAUGUUAAUAUAAAAGAUUGGAUUGGAUAUAAUUUUACAAAUGUACUUAGUCCCAGUACAUCUACACUACUUUGUGCUUGUUGUUUUGUGGCCCUCAAUUCUGAGAGACCUUUGCUCCAAAAAUAUUAUUUGUAAUGAUGCUUCAUUCUAAUUGAGAGAAAGAAAAUUUGUAUCCUCAUUUAGAUGUUAGUAUCCUUAGAUUAUUGUACAUGUCUAGAAAGGAGGCAAUUUUUUUUUCUUUUCUUUUAAAGAAUGCUGAUUCUGUAUACUCGUGUUUUAGUUACUUUUUGGUCAUAUAUUUUAUUACCAGUAGUUCUUUGUAACCUCGUUUAGUCUAGGAUUCUAUUAAGCUCUUUGUCCUCUUUCUCUUAUUAAUGUCACAGUGUGUAAAUAAUUACAUGUCUGACCUUCAUCAUUGGCUGAUCUCCAAGUCAAACCUUGUGUAAUUACUUGUCCCCUAUGAAAAAACUGUAUAAAGGACUUUGUCUUUCCCUAUGAUGUUAAGUACAAUGGAGUUAACUGUAAUAAAAUAUAUUCACACUGUUAUCUGAUGUGUUGUUUAUUUUCUAUCAGCAUUAUCACCAAUUCAACCAGACAAACUCUAUAGUAUUGUUAAUAGUGCUCUUCUUCUUUUUUGUAUAGUCAGGAUGACAGUGUCUCGCUGUAGGAGAGUUGGAAUGAUCACUUAUGUUGUUUAGAUUUGUGAAUACAGAUACAAGUUUACAUUCAUGUUGUUUGCAAGUUUGAUAAGGAAUUAUGUUUAUAUUUGUGUUUAUAUUAGAUCUUUUGGCUUUCAAAUUUGAUAUAUUGUGUAACAAUGAAUACAUUUCAUACUAUAUAUAUAUUUACAUUUGUAGUUAUAGAUGAAUAUUUUAGACAACUCUUUUAUCUGAUAUAUCUCUAGAUGAAAAUGGUUCAAUGAUUCUAAUAUUACCUUCUUUUGAAACUAUUAAAAAUAUUGAAAAAUAAAUAGCUCUCUUUCUUUUUCUGUGGUAAAUGUACAAUAGAAGUACACCAAUUUAAAGAUAAAACUUUAAUUAUCAGAAUUUACCUUUUUAUUAAAAAAAAAAAAUUGUUCACUUGCCUUCUGCUUGAUUGUAUGGUCAUUGUUGAGGGCUGUUUUAUUAUCUGUCAUCAACUGCAUAGUAUGCUAACUGGUUGGGAUGUAACCCUGACAACUAUUUUAUUUGUUUAAUUUUAGAUCUCAUUUCUUUUUUUUUUUAAAUUGCUUUUACAUUUUGAUAUGGAUAGUGAUUAAUAUUACAUUGGUAUGAGAACUUUUUUUUUUUACUUGAAUGCUGAUUAUAGAGCAUCAAAACAAGAAAUAUUUACUAGAAAGUUUGCAUAAUCUCAUUUGUUUGUCCAAAAAAAAAUAAUACAAAGAUUAACUGUUUUUCUUUAAACCUUUACAGAAAAUAUAUAUUCAAAAAGUCACUUUGACCUUACACAAUGUUAUUUCACUCAUUAAUAUUUAUUACAAAAGAUUUUCUCACAAAAAUAAAAAAAAGCUGGUUGUUCUUUGCAAUUGUGUACAAAUUAUUGUGGCAUCAACAUAAACAGUUAAAUUUACCAGAGUUGAAUAAUUAAAUCUAAAAUAAUUCCCCCCCCCCCCCCCCCCCUUGCAUGUACCUAACUAUAGAACAUGACCUUUGUCAACUCUCACCUAGUCAUUUUGUAAAGGGUAAAUACAAAAAAAAUGUGUUCCUCUGGCAUUGUUAAGAAAUUCCUUUAACAUUUUUUUGUACUUGUUAUUUUGAUUUUUUUUUAGAGGCCUUAUUGAUUGAUAUUAAACUAUUAUUCUGUGUAAACAAUGUAGUCAUAUCAUGUAGUUGGCUUUGCUUAUUUUCAGUCACUGGCAAUUUAAAAACCUUUCAUCAUGUUUGAAACUAUUGUUACUAAAGUUAAUUGUAACUAAUUUAUUAUCUGUAAGAAUGUGGAUCAUUACUAGUCAUAAGUUAUACCAAAAAAUAUAAAAGAUCCCUAAAAAAAUAUAUUUAGAAAAGUAAUUUUGUUGCACCAGCUUACUAUAGAUAUAUUUAGUAGUAUGAGCCAUCAGUGAUGCUUCAACACAUAACUUAAAAUUCAAAUUCUCUAUAACAAAGUUUUAGUAAAAAAAAGUAUAUCACUAAAACAGACGAGAUAUUGAUGCCAGUAAAUGUCACUUAUCAAUUUUGUUUUUUUUUAAAUCAACACAUAUUUUUCAUAUAAGCAUUUUUAUAAUCAAUUUUAAAAGCUUGCCAGUAAUCUGAAUUAACUUAUUAAAAAUAUAAAAACAAUGACCUGUAUUUGUAAAUAGUAUUUAUGGCUUCUGUAGUGCAUUUUUUGCCACUUUUUGAAAAACACAAUUUAUACAUUUGGACUGUGUUAUACAAUUUUGUUUGCAUUAAAAUUGUACCAGCUUGGCUAUGUAUGCGUGUGCACAUAAUUUGAGUGUAGAACCCUGCAGAGCAUUGAGCUAGGCCAAGUAGAAUCGUAAUAUUUGUGAUGAAGCUUUGGCUAAAUCAUAUUUCUGUGGCCUACUGUAGGAUCUUGUACUAAGAUUGCUUGUUACACUCCAAACUCUCUUUUUUUUUUAUUCCUGGCUUUUCAGGACGGUAAAGGAAGGCCAAUAUGGUAUUUGGAAAAUUAUAAUUAUUAUGUGGUCGUCAUCUCAGUUUUAUGCUUAGCUGUAUUUUUGUUUCAGUGGCCUGUGAUUUAUAGCUUUAGCAAGUUUUUUGUCAUGUAAUUUAACAACAUUGAGUGCUCAUAUAUAGUAUAUUAUUGUAAAACUUGUAUGUAUCUUAUCAAAUUACUUUUACUACUUUUAUUUUUUUUUUUUUAAAGUACCGAUUAACACUUCACUAGUUCUAAUUAGGCUCUCUCAUAUGUUAUAAAUACUAGUGCUUUAACAUUGGAGAUGUUUUUUAGUUUUAUUUUGAAAAAUACAAUUUUCAACACUAUAAAAUGUAUGUAGUUUUUUUAUUACAUUAAAAGAAAAAUGUUUUCAUAAUUUUUCUACAGCGAAAAAUAUUUAGUUUCAAUUGGAUUAAAAAGUUUUAUAAUGUUUACUACUGUACUUAAGUGUCAUGUCAAAUGACUUCUGUAUAUACCAUUGUCUUGUCAGUAUUGUGUAUCUUUAACAUAAUUGAUAUUAUAAUUAAUUACCAUUGUUGAAAGGUGGAGCUAGUUGGACAUUUUGCAUGACACAAAAUAAAGCAUAAUAUAUUUUGGCCAUCCCAGAAGGGACCAACUUUUUGCUGUAGCGUACCUUAGAGAGGGUUUGUUCAGUUUUGCCUUAAGGAAUGAAUGAAGUAGUUCCAAAAGUUUUUUUUUGCUAAAAAAAGAGUUGUAUUGUUUUUAAAACUAGCUUUAGCUUUUAUCAUCUUUCUUUGAGAGCUUUUUUAGUAAUAUUAUGAAAACAUUGUUUUAGACCACAUUAAUAUCUAAUUGAUACUGCCACUCUUUACCUCUGUUUGCUAAUAUUGAUUAUCCAAACUUAAUGUCACUGAAUUGUUGCUUUAAAUUGCAUAAUAAGCACAUAGAAAAAAAGUCUUUUUGAAAUUGUAUAAAAAAAGAAAAUUAGCCAUUCCAUUAUAAGUGCAAUGAAUUAUUUAUGUGUUUUUCAUUUUUGUUAAAAGGCUAAUUAAGCGCCACAUUUUUUUAGAACUUUUUGAUGUUAGACAUCCUAUUAAGACAAGGAUUUGUAGUUCGUUAUGUUAAUUAUAAUGUUUACUAAGUCUGCUUUAGCAUGGGCUUCUUCGUUAAAACAAUACGAGAACGAUAUGUAUUUCAAGUUGCUAACAACUAACUGGAAAUAAAAUUUGUGCAUCAGACAAAAAAUG